AUGUGCGGCUCAGAGAGCAACCUCUGCUCUUCAAGAACCCUAACGGAAGCUGAAUACAUGAGACGCAAAUCAGAAGAAGAAGGUGUCGCAGCCGCCACGUGUCUUCUUGAACUCGCGGCCUGCGAUGAUCUUCCAUCCUUCAGGAGAGAGAUCGAAGAGAAUUCGUCGGAUAUCAACAAACCGGGCUUUUGGUACUGCAGACGGGUCGGGUCGAAGAAGAUGGGUUUUCAAGAAAGAACACCUCUCAUGGUUGCUGCUAUGUACGGAAGCAUCGAUGUUCUAACUUACAUAAUCUCCACUGGAAAAUCUGACGUGGACAGAGUUUCGCGUGACGAGAAAGUCACUGCUCUUCACUGUGCAGUUUCCGCUUGUUCUGUCUCAAUCGUUGAAGUCAUCAAGAUCUUGCUUGAUGCCUCUGCUUCAACUAAUAUCGUUGAAGCUAAUGGGAACAAACCGGUUGAUUUAUUGGUCAAAGCUUCCCGGUUUAUACCUAACCAGACAAGAAAAGCUGUUGAGCUUCUCUUAACCGGAAACCACGGUUUGGUUGGUUUGAUGGAAGAGGAGGAGGAGGAAGUGAAGAGUGUUGUGUCUAAGUAUCCAGGAGAUGCGUCACUUCCCGACAUCAACGAAGGUGUUUACGGAACAGACGAGUUUAGAAUGUUUAGCUUCAAGGUCAAGCCAUGUUCUAGGGCUUACUCACACGAUUGGACAGAGUGUCCUUUCCUUCAUCCUGGCGAGAACGCAAGAAGGAGAGAUCCGAGGAAGUAUCCUUACACUUGUGUCCCUUGUCCUGAGUUUCGUAAAGGGUCUUGUCCUAAAGGAGAUUCUUGCGAGUAUGCGCACGGUGUCUUCGAGUCUUGGCUUCACCCUGGUCAGUACAAGACUCGGCUUUGUAAAGACGAGACUGGUUGUGCGAGAAGAGUUUGUUUCUUUGCUCAUAGGAGAGAUGAGUUGAGACCGGUUAAUGCUUCUACUGGCUCAGCAAUGGUUUCACCGAGAUCGUCUAGUCAGUCUCCUGAGAUGAUGUCUCCUAUGGGGAAUAACGGUGUUGCUUUGUCUCCAAGAAACGUUGGUUUAUGGCAGAACACACCACCGCCUUUGCAGCUUAACGGUAGUAGAUUGAAGUCUAGUUUGAGUGCUAGAGACAUGGAUAUGGAGAUGGAACUUAGGCUACGUGGGAUGCAACAACUUCAGUCUCCAAGUAAGCAUUCUCAGAUGAACCAUUACCCUUCUUCUCCUGUGAGGCAGGCACCUCCUCCUCAGAGGUUUGAAUCUUCAGCAGCUAUGGCAGCUGCGGUGAUGAACGCUAGAUCUUCAGCGUUUGCGAAACGCAGUUUGAGUUUCAAACCAGCUCCAGUAGCUGCGUGUAAUGUGUUGGAUUGGGGAUCACCAAAUGGGAAGGUUGAGUGGGGGAUGCAAAGAGAGGAGAUGAAUAAGAUGAGGAGAAGUGUCUCUUUUGGGAUUAAUGGGAAUAACAAUGUGUCACGUCCUGUGAGAGACUACAGUGAUGAGCCAGAUGUGUCGUGGGUGAACUCACUGGUGAAAGAUAGUGCACAGGAGAGAGCGUUUGGUUUAAAUGGUGGUGAAACGGUUAGGGACGAGUUUAAGAUGCCGUUGUGGGCAGAGCAAAUGUACAUAGACCAUAAGAAGCAGCAGACUGUGGUGUAA